UCGUAGUGUGCAGACAUGUCGGAGAAGUGUCGUGAGGAUUCUCAGUUUUCUACGCCUAAACGGCGCCAGAACGGGGCCUUUUCGGGAAUGUCGUUUUCCGGGAGCCCCCCCAUGACGGAUAAUACGCUAUACCCGUGGAACUGGGGAGAAAACGCGUGUAAAGUGGAGUUAAGUAGCCCGUGCUGCAGCGGAGGGAGCAACCCGUGCGAGAGCCCGGACCUGAGGAGCUGCGACUCGAAGCGCGGGCGGCCGAGGGCGGACGCCAUCAACACCCUCAUCAUCGAAGGAGCACAGUCGCCCAGCAGCAUCAAGUGCCCGAUUUGCAACCGAGUUUUCCCGAGGGAGAAGUCGCUGCAGGCCCAUCUCCGAACGCACACAGGUGAACGUCCCUACCAGUGUGACUACCCAGGAUGUACUAAAGCCUUUACCCAGAGUGGGCAGCUGAAGACUCACCAGCGCCUCCACACCUUUCUUCUUUUAUCUUAA